ACAGUGCGCCCGUGGCUCUAGAGGCAAACGGCACUCCCAGAGCAAUCCCAAGAGUCUGACACGAUGAGGAAGCAUCUGGGUGGAUGCUGGUUGGCCCUCGCCUGCGUCCUGCUCCUCAGCCCGCUCUCCGCCGUCAAGGCGCGAGGCAUCAAGCACAGGAUCAGGUGGAACCGGAGGCCCCUGCCAAGCGCCUCGCAGGCCACCGAGGCCUACACGGCGGAGCUGCGCCCCGGCGCCUUCAUCAAGCAGGGCCGGAAGCUGGAUAUCGACUUCGGAGCAGAGGGCAACAGGUACUAUGAGGCCAAUUACUGGCAGUUCCCCGAUGGGGUGCAUUACGAUGGCUGCUCGGGGGCCAACGUCACCAGGGAGAAGUUUGUCGCCAGCUGCAUCAACGCCACCCAGGCGGCCAACCAGGAGGAGCUGUCCCGCGAGAAACAGGACAACAGGCUUUACCAGCGGGUCCUGUGGCGGCUGAUCAGGGAGCUCUGCUCCAUCAAGCGCUGCGAUUUGGGGUCGGAAAGGGGAGCAGGACUUCGGGUCACUGUGGACCAGCCCAUGAUGCUCUGCCUGCUGGUUUUCACUUGGUUUGUUGUGAAGUAAGCUGGCAAGCAGGCUGACACGCCAUCAGCGAGUUACCCUGGUUCCUGUCCCCCAGCCCCAAAACCCCACGUGUUCUGAAGGUACCAAAGAGCAGUGAUUCUUCAGCGCUUCAAACAGCACUCACCAGCAUUCACUCACUUGGGUACUUGGUUGUCCUGGAUAAAUAUGCAGGCAUCAAGUUCCCCUCCAGGCUCUGCCUGAGGGUGGCUUGUUCAUCACCCCCAUUCUCGGCUCCUGGUGGAGUGCCUGGCACCGUAUUAUGCAAUAAAUGUUUGGUAAGGAGAUAAAAGAAUGUACCAGGGACCUGCCAAGCACUUCACGACACUUCCCAACAACUCUUAGAGGUAGGUGUUACUCCCAUUGUAUAGAUGAAGAAACUGAGGCUCCAAGAGGUAAAGUAGGAAAGCAGGUAGAAAGUGACAGAGCCGUAGUUCGACCCUGGCUUGCCUAACCCCAGACUUCCUGCUCUAGACAGUCCUCCUUUGGGGAGUAUGAAGACUGAUGCUGAUGGCCAUG